GUUCCAACCAUCGGUUACGAGGUUACAAGGUGCCACUGUUUACAAAGAACUUCUCUUUGGAGUUCCAAAUCAAUUCUCCAAUCCUCACCACUAUCAAGGUUACAAGGAGGGUGUAACAAUGGAGAGAGAGACGGAAAGGACAAGCCAGGAAGUGGUUGGAAAUCAAGAAAUCAAGGAAGUUGAUGAGUUUUCUGGGGUGCCGAAAGAAGGCAUUACUUCAGAAGAGAUGGAAUUGGAUUUGGGGGGUUCUGGAGAAGUGGAGAUGAACAAUAUGCUGGGAGAUGGCAAUUCAUGGGAUGGUGCAAGUAGAAG